AAGAAAAAGUAAAGUGUUCCUUUGGCUGGCUUAAGAUCCCAGUCUUCUGUACUGUAGUGUUUCUCAGGUUCCAGUUGCUGGGAGUGAAAGUCUCUCUUUAGGCCAGUCCCUUUGGACUCUCAGGGACUAUUUAGGUUUUUUUUUGUUUUUUCAAUCCUUUGUACCAUUCAGUUUGGAAUCUGGGUGUGGCUGUAUUAGUUGCCUGGAUACUGGAGGGAGGGGCUUUCUCUUCAGGAAAAAAUGGCUGCUCAGGUCCCAGGGACAGGGAUGACUCAGCACCAAACUCGCUGCCACUUCUCCUGGACCCCCCUCUCUCCAGAUUCCACAAGUUCGAAACUUCUCCCACAUCCCAGCCACGGAGACAGAUAUAGAACACUUGAGAGAUUCUAUUGAAAGACGAAUGUUAACAGGGCAAAUGAAGAUGCCGUCAAAAAGUCUCCUUGAAACUGGUACAGAACACUUACCAGGUGCUCUCGGAAGAGGAAUAAUAAAGGGGGAAGCCAAGACACAAUCAAUGCACCAUGCUGAGACUGAUGCAGAAUACUUACCAGGUGACUUUGGAAGAGGUAUAAUCACUGGGGAAGCCAAGAAACUAUCAAUACACCAUACUGAGACUGAUACAGAACACUUACCGGGUGACUUUGGAAGAGGUUUAAGCAAGGGGGAAGCCAAGAAACACUCAAUGCACCCUACUGUAGGGGCUGAUGUAGAACGCUCAACUGAUGAAAAUGCAGGUGGCAUAAUAAAGGGACAACUGAAGACACAAUCAAUGGAACUGCUUGUGGGGGCUAAUGCAGAACACUCAACAGAUGCAACUCCACGUGGCAUAAAAAUGAGUCCAGUGAAGAUACAAUCAAUGGAAUUAUUUGAGACUGAAACAGAACACUUACCCAGCAAUUUUGGAAGAGGUAUAAUCAAGGGGGAAGCCAAGAAAAAAACAAUUCACCAUACUGGUAAAAUGCCUUAUAGUGGCACAGGAAUAGAUUGGAAUGGUCAGAAGAAAGAAUCUCUACACUUGAAAUAA